AUGAACUCAUUGCUGGAUCCUUUGCGUCUUCGGCCGGACCGUCUUCCGUCACCGGCGUUUAUGCCCCGGGACGACGACUAUGCUGAACUCCUGCGCAGCAAUGACUUCGACGUCCGACUUCAGACACUCAACCGGCUGGCCGGUCUAUCGCGACGUGACGCCGACUGGUUCACCCACUGUGCUCGAAAAGGCGAAUUCUUUAAAAAUAUUGAUCGAAUAUUAUCGGACGAUCGAUGGGAAGUGCAGCAUCAGUGCAUCAAAUUUCUUUAUGAAGCAAUGCCCACAUUUGGGUCGAACCUCGAGUACUGCAUCUGCUACCUGAUGCCAAAUCUGCUCCCAAAACUAGGAAGUUCAAAAAUUACUGUCAGAAAAAUCUCUAUACAAGCGGUACAAGCAUUUCUACGACUGCAGCCGGAAGCUCUUGGAUCAAUGCUGAAAACGUUGUCCAAUUUUUUGCUCACAUCCGCGGAGCGGACCACGAAAACUGAGGUGGUGCGAGAGUUCCCGGCCAUGUUUCUUCCUGAGUUGUUGAACAGCGAUUGGUCGAAUCUUCUCGAUGCCCUGACGAGACUGAUGGCAACUUCGGACGGAGAGAUGGCCGAAAAUGCGGCUAUCACUGCCAAGAAACUGGAAGUGCCUUCACAAGUGGUAACCAGGAACACCUUCAAACUGGCGUCCGGAGAGAGGCGUUUCCGCUUCGGCAUCGUGCCGUCCGUCAUCGCCGCCAUGGUCAUCGACAACACCGACGCGGUCACCAGGAUAUCAGGGCUAGAGAAGUGGAAGCAGUUGAUCGAAAACAUCACAAACGAGGAGAUUUCUCGUCUCGUGCCUCAUCUGCACUCGUACCUCAUAUCGCUCAGCAACGUACUCACCGAACUCAACUUUAAG